GAGCGCGAGGUGUUGCUAAGGAGGAGUCGAGCUCUUCUCGCCACUGUCGAGCACACCCACUCUGGAGAAGCACUUUAUCCGCGUGAGGAGCGCUAUUCCUUUGCACUCUGUGUCAACUUGCCGUUCCCAAAUCCAUUGAGGGUCCCAAAACGCAUACAAUGGCACGGGAAUAGUCUAGGCUACGCGGAGAUGACUUCAAGGGUGUGCGUUGGGAAAGUUACUGUCCACGGCAUUUAGGUAGAAAUUCUCAAAUUGAAGAAGACGACUGCCCCUGCGUUCGCGGCAGGUGUUUACGCACGAGGCCUCUGAAGGGAAAAUGUCCAGUGGGAAAUAUGCACCUGCGGUGGAGAACUCCUCAUCAUCAAUGAGCCUGCAAGGAUGUCUGGAGGAGUGUAUGGAGGCUCUGGACCUGUUCCUCAACAACCACUUCACGGAGAGCCUGGACAAGCUGAGACCACGUGCUAAGGACAGCAUGUACCAUGCUCUCAUCUACGCCACCGUGCUGGAGAUGCAGGCCAUGAUGACGUUUCAGCAUGAAGACAUCGUCAACGCCGGGAACACCAUGAAGUGUGCGCAGGAGGUCUGCCAAAGGUUCCGCCGCAAGUCCGGUUCUCUGGCAAGCAAGGUGUCUGGGGGCAGUGGAUAUGAGGAGGCGCUCCAUGCGGAAGUGUGCUAUGCGGAAUGCCUACUACAGCGAGCCGCCCUCACAUUCUUACAGGACGAGAACAUGAUGAACUUUAUCAAAGGAGGAAUCAAAGUGCGCAACAGCUACCUCAUAUACAAAGAGCUCCACUCUUUACUCCAAUCACAAGGUCCCGUGACUGGAGCCAACCACUCCCAGCUGGAGGGCGGAAUCUUCUUUGGCAUCGGGGCCUUCAAUUUGACCCUGUCCCUAUUUCCUGCACGGCUUCUCAAAAUUCUAGAGUUUGCCGGCUUCUCCGGUGACAAGGAGUAUGGCUUAUCACAGCUCCAGCAGGGGGCGAUGUCACACAACCUGCGCUCCAUGCUCUGUGCUCUACUGCUGCUGUGCUACUACACCUUCCUCUCCUUCAUACUGGGGACGGGGGAGGCGGAUGUGGCCGAGGCAGAGGGCCUGCUGAAGCCGUUUCGCCUGCGCUAUCCACGGGGUGCAAUUUUCCUCUUCUUUGCGGGCAGAGCGGAGGAGAUCAAGGGGAACAUUGAUGAGGCGGUGGCACUGUUUGAGGAUGGCUGCAAGGCGCAGCAGGCCUGGAAGCAGUUCCACCACAUGUGCUACUGGGAGCUGAUGUGGUGCUUCACCUACAAGCGGCUGUGGAAAAUGGCCUACUUCUACGCAGACCUCCUGAGUCAGGAGAGCCGAUGGUCCAAGGCCAUGUAUGUGUACAUGAAGGCAGCCUGUCUCAGCAUGCUCCCCCAGGGCGACGCAAGGCCAUUUGGGGAGGACGAGGCGGACCUCUUCAGACAGGUGCCUUCCUUCAAGCAGAAAAUAGCAGGCAAGUCUCCACCCACUGAGAAGUUUGCCAUACGCAAGGCCCGACGCUACAAAGCCAGCUGUCCUGUGCGGUUGCCAGUGCCAGUUCUGGAGAUGAUGUACAUGUGGAAUGGCUUUGCCAUGAUCAGCAAGCGGCCAGAGCUCACGGACGGCAUGAUGGAGACUCUCCUCCAGGCAGAGCACACUCUACAGGCUGCUCCUGUAAAUGAAUAUACAGUAGACGAUACAUGUGUCAUCCAGCUGCUGAAGGGCUUGUGCUUUAAGAAUCAGGGAAAGAUCCAAGCGGCAGAGGAAUGCUUCCAUACUGUAUCAAGCAGUGAGAAGAAGCUGAAGUUUGAUCACUACCUGGUUCCCAAUGCCUUGCUGGAGCUGAGCCUUCUCUACAUUGACCUGGGCCGGCGGGAAGAGGCCAUUAAGAUACUGCAAAAGGCCAAGCACAACUACAAAGAGUACUCCAUGGAAUCCCGGACACAGUUUCGUAUCCAUGCAGCCCUGUCUAAACUGAAAGCUGACACAAGUGACCAGGGAGAGACCACUGCACUGUAAUACCUACCCUUCGGUCAGAUACCAAAGAAACUGAUCUUAUUUCCACUACCCAUUCACCCAAUAUCUCGUCCUUAUGUUACAUUAGUGAGGUGGUGUGGCCAUGAAUCUUAUUUUAAUCCCUUACACAAAUGUGCCAAAUUGAUCACUGUUGCAUCACAAACAGGAAAAAGCAAUGAUAUUAUUACAAUAAGAAGGUAUCCAAAAGGCAGUGGCCUGAGGUUUUAAAUUGUAAGAUGGAAUGUUUUAUGAAAAACCUUGAUGUCACCAUCAGUUAGUGUUCUCCUGUCUUCUGCUGCAUUACAUUUAGUGUGGUUCACAAGUCAAUGGUAGUUCACUGUGUGGCCAAAAAUAAAGUCUUUUUUGUUGCACACCAAUAUAUUGUUGUUGGACCGCCUUAAGCUGUCAUCAUGGUACACAUUUGGUGCGCCGUUGUUUCAAUUAACACCUGCAAUGUCUGAAUUUCUUUCAUUCCAGUGUUUGAGUCAGUUUUCACAAGAUCUUGUAUAGAAUAGAUGAUGGUAGAGUCUGAACACUGUGUAAAGCCUUCUCCAGCAUAUCCCAAAGACUCUCAAUGAGGUUGAGGUCUGCUCUCUGUGGUGGCCAAUCCUUGUGUGAAAAUGUCUCAUGCUCCAGAAUGAUACUGUCAAAAUUAAGUUUGAUGAAUCUGGGCAUUGCCAUCAUGGAAUAUGCCCGAAAACCAGAACUUGAUGAAAACUUAACCCAUUGACGCCUAAAGCACCUGCAAAAAAGGGUGCUGAAUGCCUGAGCCCUUUUAAGAAAAGCUGCCCUCAGCCUAUAAAAACCUAAAUAUCUCAGCUUCUGAAGCACAUAAAAAUAUUCACUAAGCUGUAUUUAAACGCAAAGACCCUCAUCUUUCAUUAGAAUGUGUUCAUUCAUCUCAAACAAACAGAGAUUAAUAAAGUUGUGUCAAAUCUCAUGAGCCUGAAUGCUCCAGGCAUCAGGGCCAAUGUUGCGCAACGCAACAUCGGGCAUCAAUGGGUUAAUGCAUCAGUAGAUGAAGAUACAUUUGGAUAUUAAAGAAGUUUAUUGGAACAAUACAACACCAAAUGAACGCAGUACUCAAAGCUAAGGAAUGUCCAACAAUAUUAGUGUCUGUGACCUUUUUUCUGGUGAUUUUUUGUUGUUGGCCAGGCUGUGUAUUUCUCAAGUAUUUUAUCACUGUACCAAUCCAUGAUUGUGAUGUUGGCCUUUGCCCUUUACCCUAAAAGACAAAAAGUUCUUUCUAAUAUGCAGACUCCCAUUCUCCCUUGCCUGCUUGUGGCCUCCUGAUGACAAAAGCUUAAUUCAAUAUCUUGCAAAAGCACAAUUAUGUAAUUUUCUCAUUUGCAAUGGGGAUGGUGAAUGAAGAACAGUCUCCCAAAAGUUGUUGUAGCUAGGCUGACAGCGGAAACGUUGUCCGCAUAUUGGAAUAGACCUAACAAUUGCACAAAUGUCAGCCAUUGUGAAUGUCUUUUUUUUUUCCCUUUUUUGCACUGGCUCAGAGAUGUACCACUUGCCCUUUGAUGUGCAUGUAAAAUACUGUACUCUUUCUUAACAGAAAACUUAAAGGCAAUGUUUUUGGAUUUAAAUUAUAUUCUAAAUCUUUAUGUAAUAAAAGAAUACAUUUAAA